AUGUCUAUCAAUUGGCUGAGCGGAUCUCUACUGGAUCCUCUUGGCAUAUACGAGCAUCCCCGCAUCUCCAUGCGUCGCAAAUUGUGGCUGACAGCACUGGUGAGAUUGAACAGCCUCACCACCGCCACAAUUCAGCCUUAUUCUAUUCUCAACCAUUCCUCCUCUACUAACCCACCCACCCAUCCAAACCAUGCCACCACCAAACCCAAAACCAACACUAACUACAUUCCACCCCUUCCCCCACCUCCCCCCGAACUCCGCCACCAAAUCUGGCACCAUACCCUCCCCCAUCCCCUCAACUCCCCCGCCCUCAUCCCCCAUAAACCCAAAACCUGGAUCCCCUACCCCAUCCCCCCCACCUCAGAACUCUACCAACCCACCGACCCCGACAACCUCGAAGUCCGUUUCGAAUUCUCCCUCCUCGACCACAUCCAAGUCACUACGCCUUUAUUCGCUGUGAAUAGGGAGGCUCGCGCAAUUGCACAUUCCUGGGCUCAAGCCCAAAACCUCUCUGUUCGCCAGAUCCCAUCGAACCAAACACAAACAGAAAUCUACACCCGCCCUUUCAACCCCCAUAUCGAUAUCCUCUACACCACCUCCUCUAACAUCCUCGACUUAAUUCUCGGCCCGUUCGACCGUCUUGACGAGCCAGAUUUAAGUGGGAAGGGAGCUCGGUUGGAUUUCGAACUCAGGUUUUUGGCUAUUAGUGAGGAUGUGGUUUGGGAGGAUCCGGCGUUGGUGGGUGAGGUGUUGGAGAUGGGGGUUAUGCCGGAGGUGGUGUACGUGGUUUUGGGGGGGCAGCCGGGGUGGAGUGUCAGUGGGGUGGGGGUGCAGAGGUGGUGGGGGUGGAGGGGGUGGGGGAGGGAAGGGGUUGGGGGUGUUUGGGUGGGAUAG